UUUCGUUUCAUCAAGCAGGAAAUUGACAAGAAGAUACUAUCAUUGGGUUAUAGUGAACUGAAUGCAGAAAUCAUAUCUGUGGAUGCACAAGAGUCCUUUGGUGGGGGAGUCAUUGUCUUGGUGACUGGGUUUAUGACAGGAAAGGAUGACAUUAAGCAGAAAUUUACUCAGUGUUUCUUCCUUGCUCCUCAAGAGAAAGGCUACUUUGUUUUGAAUGAUGUUUUCAGAUAUGUUGAUGAAAAUGAAAUCAAAGAGCCUGAUCAUGUAGUUGAAUCACCUGCUUCUACUGACAAUGUGUCAGAUCCUCCCUUGCUAGAAACACAAGUUCCAGAGCAAAUAUCUGUGGCUGUUGAGGAUGGUGUUGGGGAAGAAGUCUACAAUCUAGAAAAUGAGCAAGUGUCUGCUGAAGAAGAGGAAGCUCCUGUUGCUGAGGUUCUUGACGAAAUUCCUGAUGAUUCACAGAUGGUAUCUGGAUUGGCAUCCCAAAUUGAAGAAGUACCGAAGAAGUCAUAUGCCUCUAUUGUUAAGGUAAUGAAAGAGGGUGCAGCAGCGUCCUCCAUUGUGACGGCUGUUUCUGUGAAAUCUGUCCGUAAGAUUCAAGAACAGCAGAGUACCACUGCACCUCCACCAUUCAGCGGGCCAGAAACAAAUGGUUCUAGUAUAAACACUAAUGAAGGAGGAAACAAUCAAGAAACUGAAGCUGAGGGCUAUUCAAUUUAUGUGAAAGGGCUGCCUGGAAAUGCUACGAUUGCACUUCUCGAGAAUGAGUUCAAGAAGUUUGGCCCUAUUAGAAGUGGUGGUAUCCAAGUUAAGACACAAAAGAAGAUGAUUUUGAGCCAUUGGUAGUGACUGAGUUGCCCAAGGACAUGUUCAAGAAGCGCAAAUUGGCGGGUAAUUCAACUUCAAGAAAAGGCAGGCAUUUUGAAAGUCCACUAUUCCGAAACUCUCAAGAUGCGGAGAAGCCAGUAAAAGAUCAGCAAAGAAUCACAUCAUUGACUGAAACCAAUUCAGAGAGAAAUAAUAAAGUGACAACAACUAAUCAGAGGACUCAGAAAUGCCAACAAACAAUCAACAGUUCAGCUUCCAAAUGGAAUGACUACUUAACUGAGGACAAUGACAAGUUAGAAUUUGGAUGCAAGAGAGGCAUUAACUUCAAGGACACUUCAGGUUCAUCGAACUACAACGAUAUCUUAGAGGCUAUAACUUGUGAGCAAAGAGUAGAAGAUGAU